AUGACAUCCUCAGCCCAUGUUAAUUUCAAUGCUGUGGAGAAACUCAUGUCCAAUGGACACAAUCAUCUUCAUGCUCAGAAUAAGAUUGUCCUUCCUCCUGGUGAACGACCCGACAUGUCCAAGGUCUGUCAUUCAUAUAAAUUUCCAGUCAUAGACCUCAAAGAUUUGGAUGGGCCUCAGAGAAUAAAUGUAGUUAAUGACAUUAGGCGGGCUUGCGACGAGGAUGGCUUCUUCCAGAUCAUUAACCAUGGAGUGCCAGAAACCGUGAUGAAAAGCAUGAUGGACAUUGCCAGAGAAUUUUUUGAAAUGCCUGUGGAAGAAAGGGUUUGCCUCUAUUCAGAGGACCCAAGGCAGGCGAGAGGUUGCAGGGAAGUAUUGCAAGGCGAUAAGAAUACUAGUUUAAAGCUUCUGGCUGCAAUUUCUAAAGCUCUUGGACAAGAUUCUGAUUAUUUGAAUGAAAUCUUUGGAAAGCCUAGCCAGGUACUCCGGAUAAAUUACUAUCCUGCAUGCCCAAAUCCAGAUGUUACCUUUGGCAUGGUACCUCAUUCAGAUCCAGGUGGCAUUACUGUUUUGAUGCAAGGAGAUGUGAGUGGCCUGCAAGUGCUAAAAGAUGGGAAAUGGUUUGCAGUAAAACCAACACCCAAUGCCUUUGUGGCCGAUGUGGCCGAUCAGAUUGAGGUUGUAAGCAAUGGAAGAUUCAAAAGCGCCGAGCACGGGGCUGUAACCAAUACAACCACUGCACAUAUAUCUAUUCCCACCUUCUAUGGGCCUUCGUCUGAUACCUUCGUCGCUCCUGCAGCAUCCAUGGUGGAUGAGGAGCGUCCGGCUUUAUACAGAAGCUAUAAAUUUGAAGAAUACAUGGCAGCAUUCUGGAGCCAAUGUGGUUUGAAGGGCAAGAGAAUUUUGGAUCGCUUCAAGAUCGAAAUCAGUCCAUGA